UUUGGGUUUGAUCAUUCAUUGGUCAUUCAGUUUCUAGACUGGAAAAGGGAAACACUAUUCAAAAAAAGCCUUCAUUUUUGUCUCAGAAGGAUUAUUUUUGUAGAGUAAAAAGGAGCAGAUUUAAAUCAGUAUUUAUGUAGGCUAAAAUUUGACAUGGAAAUAGCUGAAGUGGAUUAUAAAUUACUCUUUGGAUACUUCUCUCUUAGACAGAUUAAACUUUGUUUGAGACAAUAAUUUGGAUCUAAAUACUUUUGGUGGAGUUCAAGGACCAGUAAAAAAAAAUACAGGUGAACAAAAAAACUUGACAUUUUCUCUAUUUAUAGAUACUAGUGCCAAAAGAUGGCUCUUUGGAAAGUGAAGUUUGACUUGAAAAAACGGGUAAAGCUGGCCCAAUUGCUAUGGCUCAUGUAUUGGGUGUCUGUUAUGGCUGGAGUGCUUGUUUUCAGCAUGGGACUUUUCUUCAAAAUUGAACUGCGGAAGCGAAGUGAGCUCAUGGACAACAAGGAAAGCCACUUUGUUCCCAACCUGCUAAUUGGUGUGGGACUGAUAGGCUGUGGCAUCAGUGCCUUUGGCUGCAAGAUCUGCUAUGACUCAUUGGAUUUCUCCAAGUAUAUGAAGUGGAAGUCAAUUAUAAAGCCAUUCCUUAUCUUCUUUUUGAUCUUCAAUGUUAUCCUCUUUUUCUCUGCAUUUUUGUGCUUCACCAUGAGCAUCCCUCUGCAGUUUACUUUGGGAGAAGGCCUAAAGAAUGGUAUGAAAUUUUACAAGGACACAGAUGUACCUGGUCGCUGCUAUAUGAAGAGAACUCUGGACCUAAUGCAGAUUGAAUUUCGUUGUUGUGGAAACAACAAUUACAAAGACUGGUUUGAGAUCCAGUGGAUUAGCAAUCGCUACUUGGAUUUCAGCUCUAAAGAGGUCAAAGACCGAAUCAGCAGUAAUGUUGAUGGUCAGUAUUUGUUGGACGGAGUCCCUUUCAGCUGUUGCAAUCCAAGCUCUCCAAGGCCUUGCAUUCACUACCAAGUCACCAACAACUCUGCUUAUUACAGUUAUGACUACCAUACUGAAGAACUGAACAUAUGGAAACGUGGCUGCAGGGAAGCUCUUGUUUUCUACUAUGGAGGACUCAUGAAUACUAUUGGAGUGUUAGUGCUUUUGGUUACUAUUCUUGAGGUUGCUGUGAUGGUGGGACUACAGUAUGUGAACACAUCUCUGUCCACACUGGUCAACCCAGAAGACCCUGAAAGUGAAAGUGAGGGGUGGAUCUUGGAGAAAUCAGUCAAGGAAACCUUCACAGAUAUCAUAGACAAAAUGAAGGCAAUGGGAAAAGCCAACCGGGUAGAAGAGGGCGUGGAAUUGCAGGCAGUUUCUACAGUGAGCUGAAGAAGCAAUGCUUAUUGAACACUCUGUUCUGACCAAAGUAGAGACUGCAUAUAUGACAUUAUACAACAUGAAUAACAAGUCAUUUCAUAUGAUUUAAUACAAUUACUUGAAGGUUAACGCUCCAUACUAAAAUCAAAAUCUAACAGACACAUCCAUAAAUGUGUGUCCUUGGAACCAAAACCAUGUUUUUUUUCUGUACUCUAUGUUUUCAAGUUAUAAUUUAUUAGGGAAGUGUUCAAUACAAAUUCACCCUGUUGACUUAGUUUUUCUGCACAUGAUUGUGGACAACUGGAUAUUAGCAGCUGGCUUUAAAAUGUAAAAUACAGAGUAUACCUUUAUCAUACGAAUGAAACAAACAAACAAAAAAAAAAUCACCAAAUAAAAAUGCAACAAUCCAGCUAUUAUUAUAGUAUUUAGUAUAUUGCUAAGCGGUUUCCCUAUUUAAACAGAUAAAAUAGGAUCAAAUAGGAUGUUGUUCAAUACCAUUACUAAGAUUUGUUGUCAUCUGAAUAGUAAAUCAUUUGGUUUGGAAUGUGGUGAAUAUGGAAAAUAUUACUUACAUGCAUUAUGCACCACCCUUUGUAGCCAUUUAAUACAAAUAAAGGCACAUUGUAAAUAUUCCAAUUUCUGAUAAUAGUCUAACUGCUGAUCAGAGUAACAUUUUUGGUAAUGCCUGAGGAAAACCUACCAUUAUAGCUGUUACACAUUAUCUUUUCUGCAAGUAGCAAUACUGGUUUAUCAUGCCUCAUUUGUUUAAAAUACAACUGAGAGAGCAACCAUGCAUACAAAUCAAAUAACACUACAACGAAAUUGAAAAAGAUAUCGUAUAUCUUGCUUAUAUCUUUUAAAUAUCUUUUCAAAUGAGUUCCCCUACUGUAGCUCCUAAACAGUUUUUAUUUCAUGCUGCAAAAAACCAACAACUGGAAAACACUUAAAUUAAAGUGUAGAAAAGGUUUUAAUAAGUACACAUUGAUAUGAAGUACCUGAUUUUUUUACUCAUAUAUGCAAUAAAUGUAAAUUGUAUUAUUCUCAAAAUACCCUUACAUAUUGCUAUAUAUGAGUAUCAUAGCAGCUGAGCAGGUUUUACAAAUGUCCAACUACUGAAACAAGAAUUUUAUAUAAUCUUGGAGAAGAUUUGGAGAAAAAAGUGUUCAGUGUGAUGCUUGCUCUAGCACUUAAGAAUGUGAAAAGGAAAGGGAAACCUGGCCAAGUAUUCAAGCAGGAAGUUUAGGAGUUGUAGCUAAUCUGUGAACUGUGACCUUUGAACUUUGUAUGGUUUACCUGUCAAAUGUCUUUUCAUACAUCACAAAAGACUUACACCAAUGUACUCAAAGUGUACUGUAAGUGUACAAGUAAAUAAAUGUAAACAUAUCUUAAUUUUAUUAAAAGGUAGUGGUUAUGUGUAUUAUAUGUGACUUUAAAUAAAUGUACUGUAGCAAACUUUGA